AGUGAAAAUGUGAAAGAUAUGUGAAAAAGUUCCAGAUUAAACGACAAAUAAAAAAGAGUUCGAGUGUGAAGAAAAGUUUCGUUUCGAUUGAAGUGUAUAUAAGUGAUGAAAAAAGUAGUGGGUUGAAGUGGAAUUAUGUCGAAACCGAAUCCAAAGCGUGCAGCAAAAUCGUCUUCACGAAAAGCAGCCCGUGAAGCCGACCACGAUGAAUCAACCGAUCGAACAACAAGUCGAUCGGCCAAUCCGAGUGCGUCUCGAACAGCUGCUGAUGAUCCAAAAGAUGAAACUGCCAAUGGAGAGAAAAAAGAUGGAAAAACUGAUGAUGCGACGACCGCACCGUCGGAAAAGCCAAAGCCUCAAAGUGCUGGAGCCAUAAUACGCGAUGCAGGCCAAAAAUUACUUAGUUUAACGAUGAAACAAGAAUGGACAUCGAUCGAUACAGUUUUGAAACAACUCGAAAAAAUCGUUGCUGCUGGAGGAGGUGAAAAUGUGGCACCACUGGCUGGCGUUGCGGAUCCGAUAUCUGGAAUGACUCCUUUAAUGUAUGCUGUUAAAGACAAUCGGACAUCGUACUUGGAUCGUUUAAUUGACUUGGGAUCAGAUGUUUGCGCACGCAACAAUGAUCAUUACAAUGUUUUACAUGUUGGAGCGAUGUAUUCAAGAGAAGAUGUCGUGAAAUUAUUGUUGAAUAAACGUGGCGUCGAUCCAUUUUCGACUGGUGGACCAAAACAACAAACGGCCAUUCACAUCGUGUCCAGUCGGCAGACAGCAACAGCGACAAGUAUUUUACGAGUGCUUUUGGCCUCAGCUGGCAAAGAUAUACGUUUAAAAUCCGACGGCCGUGGCAAAAUACCAUUAUUACUGGCUGUUGAAGCUGGUAACCAGUCUAUGGUUCGCGAAUUAUUAUCAGCACAAACUGCAGAACAACUGCAAGCAUCGACUGAAAAUGGUGAUACAGCCUUGCACUUGGCCACUAGGCGACGUGAUAUCGAUAUGGUACGCAUUCUGGUCGAUUACGGUGCAAAUGUUGAUAUGCAAAAUGGUGAAGGUCAAACGGCGCUUCACAUUUGUGCGGCCGAAGGUGAUGAGGCAUUGUUGAAGUACUUUUACGGCGUGCGUGCGUCAGCAUCAAUCACCGAUAACAUGGAUCGUACACCGAUGCAUGUAGCAGCAGAAAAUGGGCACGCAAAUGUGAUUGAAAUAUUGGCCGAUAAAUUCAAAGCAUCGAUUUGGGAACGAACGAAGGACGGUAGCACAUUGAUGCACAUAGCAUCGCUUAAUGGACAUGCAGAAUGCGCAACGAUGCUGUUUAAGAAAGGCGUUUAUCUACAUAUGCCAAAUAAAAGAGGUGCACGUAGCAUACACACGGCCGCUCGAUACGGUCAUAUCGGAAUCAUAAACACAUUAAUUCAACGAGGUGAAAGAGUCGAUGUCACAACCAAUGAUAAUUACACAGCGCUUCACAUAGCUGUCGAGUCAGGUAAACCAGCUGUGGUUGAAACCCUGUUGGGAUAUGGUGCCGAUUUGCAUGUUCGUGGCGGGAAACUACGUGAAACGCCAUUACAUAUUGCAAGUAGAGUUAAGGACGGUGAUCGAUGUGCGUUAAUGCUUUUAAAAUCUGGUGGUGGACCCAAUCUGGCGACCGACGAUGGCCAAACUCCGGUUCAUGUUGCUUCAAAAAAUGGAAAUUUACAAACUCUAAUUUUGCUACUGGAAGACGGUGGCGAUGCUAUGUGUAAAUCUAAUAAUGGUGAGACGCCAUUGCAUUUAGCGUGUCGUGCGUGUCAAUUGGAGAUUGUACAGCAAUUAAUCGAUGGUGUAAAAGAAAAACACGGUGCCGAAGUAUUAGAAACUUAUAUAAAUACAUUGAAUGAAGAUGGAGCAACAGCAAUGCACUAUAUUUGUAAUGUGCCAACGGAUGAAGUUGAAUUUCCCGAUGCCGAUAAGGAAAUCGUUCGUUUGUUACUGCAAAAUGGAGCGGAUGUUUCGUUGCAAACAAAACAAACGAUGGAAACCUGUUUUCAUUAUUUAGCCAAGACUGGAAAUAAUGACAUUUUUACCGAAAUGCUGCAACAUAUGACACCGGCCGAUAUUCAAAAAGAAUUAAAUCGACAAUCAUCAAUUGGUUGGACGCCACUGUUGAUUGCAUGUAAUCAGGGUCAUAUGGAUCUUGUAAAUAAUAUGCUUGCAAAUCAUGCUCGUGUUGAUGUAUUCGACAUUGAGGGUCGUUCGGCACUGCAUUUGGCGGCUGAACAUGGAUUCAUUCAGGUGUGUGAUGCAUUGCUUACGAAUAAAGCGUUCAUUAAUUCAAAAUCUCGAGUCGGUCGAACGGCUCUUCACUAUGCCGCAAUGAAUGGCUACAAAGAUUUGGUGAAAUUUUUGAUCCGCGAUCAUAAUGCAGUUAUCGAUAUUUUGACAUUGCGAAAACAAACACCGUUGCAUUUGGCAAGUCAGAACGGACAAUUGGAAACGUGCAUGUUAUUGUUAGAGCUUGGUGCAAGCAUUGAUGCCACCGAUGAUUUGGGACAGAAACCAAUUCAUGCUGCUGCACAAAAUAAUUUUUCGGAUGUGGUGAAAUUGUUUUUGCAACAGCAUCCAAGUUUAGUAAAUGCCACAAGUAAAGACGGUAAUACUUGUGCGCAUAUUGCUGCAAUGCAAGGUUCAGUGAAAGUGAUUGAAGAGCUCAUGAAAUUCGAUCGACAAGGUGUUAUCAAUGCAAGAAACAAACUAACCGAUGCAACACCACUUCAGUUGGCCUGCGAAGGUGGUCAUGUGGAUGUGGUAAAAGCUUUGGUUCGAGCAGGAGCUUCAGCAACCGACGAAAAUAAAACUGGUUUUACAGCAGUACAUUUGGCUGCACAAAAUGGACAUAAUGGUGUACUCGAAGUGAUGAGAAGCACAAAUUCUUUGCGAAUUUCAAGUAAAAAACUUGGACUGACGCCAAUUCAUGUUGCCGCGUACUUUGGACAAUCAGAUACGGUGCGUGAAUUAUUGGGAAAUGUGCCAGCUACAGUAAAAUCAGAGACCCCAAGUGGACAAUCAUUGGUGCCUGAAUUGGGAUUAGAAUCAGGAAUGACACCGUUGCAUUUGGCCGCGUAUUCCGGGAACGAAAAUGUGGUGCGCCUUUUAUUGAAUUCAGCCGGUGUACAAGUCGAUGCUGCCACCACUGAAAAUGGUUUUAACCCCUUACACUUAGCUUGCUUCGGUGGUCACAUGAGCGUUGUUGGUUUGUUGUUAAGUCGUUCUGCAGAAUUGCUUCAAAGCUGUGAUCGUUAUGGAAAAACGGGUCUUCACAUUGCUGCAAUGCACGGUCACUAUCAAAUGGUGGAAAUUUUAUUGGGCCAAGGAGCUGAAAUUAAUGCAGCUGAUAAGAAUGGAUGGACACCGUUGCAUUGCGCAGCCAAAGCCGGUCAUUUGGAUGUAGUUCGUUUGCUGUGUGAAUCGGGAGCAUCGCCAAAAAACGAAACUAAUUAUGGUUGUGCGCCGAUAUGGUUUGCAGCGUCUGAAGGACAUAACAAUGUAUUCAAAUACCUGAUGCACAAAGAACACGAUACAUAUGCACUUAUGGAAGACAAACGCUUCGUUUACAACUUAAUGGUUGUGUCGAAAAAUCACAACAAUAAACCGAUUGAAGAAUUUGUUCUCGUCUCUCCAGCGCCCGUCGAUACAGCUGCCAAAUUAUCAAAUAUUUACAUCGUUCUUUCCACAAAAGAAAAAGAACGAGCAAAAGACUUAAUUAAUGCUGGUAAACAGUGUGAGGCAAUGGCUACAGAAUUACUGGCAUUAGCAGCUGGUGCCGACUCAGCCGGACGAAUUUUAACUGCCACUGAUCGAAAAAAUACUGAAUUUCUAGAUGUACUCAUCGAAAAUGAACAAAAAGAAGUGAUCGCACACACAGUUGUUCAACGUUAUCUUCAGGAAUUAUGGCACGGCGUACUGAAUUGGUCUGGCAUUAAAUUGGGUUUACUGUUGCUUGCGUUCAUUAUAUGCCCGCCAGUCUGGGUCAUUUUUACACUUCCAUUAGGUCAUAAAUAUAGCAAAGUACCGAUCAUAAAAUUUAUGUCAUAUUUAACAUCGCAUUUUUAUUUAAUGCUUUUACUCAUGUUUACGGCUAUUAUCCCGCCCUAUCCGGUCGUUCGACCUGGUCUAUUUCCAUAUUGGUAUGAAUGGGUGCUUCUUGUUAUGUUAUCCGGUUUAUUGUUAUUUGAGUUAACGAAUCCGAGCGAUAAGUCUGGUUUGGGUUUCAUCAAAUUGCUUGUACUAUUACUGGGAAUGGCCGGAGUUGGCGUUCAUGUUGCUUCAAUGUUUUUUGUGAAAAUUGAAUAUUGGCCAACGGUGAUGUACUGUCGAAAUCAGUGCUUUGCCCUAUCGUUUCUGUUGGCGUGUGUACAAAUCUUGGAUUUCUUGUCAUUCCAUCACUUAUUCGGACCAUGGGCAAUUAUCAUUGGCGAUUUAAUGAAGGAUUUGGGUCGAUUUUUGGUUGUAUUAGCAAUUUUCGUAUUUGGUUUUUCGAUGCACAUAGUCGCGCUGAAUCAACCAUUCAAAAACUUUACACCGGAAGAAGUUCGUGGUUUGGGCAAAAGAACACGCAAAGCGCACCUCUUCAGUGAAGAAGAUUUCGACGUUGAGUCGAUUGAAAAUACGACAAUACGUACGAUUCGUCAAAUUCAACAGGAUACAUCGGGACGGUUAAACAAACGUCAUAAACAUUCUCCAGAUCAACCAAUGACACCAUUUGUCGCAUUCGAGCGCUUAUUUUUCGCUGUAUUCGGUCAAACAACGAACGAUGAUAUCAAUCCAAUGCCAAAGCUGCGACCAGAGUGGACUCAGGGUUUCUUUAAAAUAAUUUUUGGCUCAUAUUUGCUUGUGUCAGUGAUUGUAUUAAUCAAUCUAUUGAUUGCCAUGAUGUCGGAUACAUAUCAACGCAUCCAGGCACAAUCCGAUAUCGAAUGGAAGUUUGGGUUGUCAAAACUAAUUCGAAAUAUGCAUCGAACGACAACGGCUCCGUCGCCACUCAACUUAAUCACCACUUGGUUUAUGUGGCUUUUGAAUGCAUGCAAGGCCAAAUUCAAGAAGAAAAAGAAGCAGAGCUUGGUUAACAUGAUGGGAAUUCGGGCAGCAUCACCUAGGACCAAAGCAGGUGCUAAAUGGCUGUCUAAAGUAAAGAAAGGUGGUCAGGUCGCUCCAAAAGAUUCCGUUGCUCUAUCGGUGGUGCACUUGUCACCGCUUGGAUCACAGUUGAGUUUUGCACAGCAUGCAGGUACGCGCAUUGAAAAUGUCGUGGAUUGGGAUGCAAUUGCCAAAAAGUAUCGCUUACUAUUUGGAGGUGAACCUGAAGAGACCGGUUCGGUGCACACCGAAUCCGAUAAUCAAUCAAAUGCAUCGGGAGAUGCGGCACAACAUAAUGCACCGGCAGCACCACCAGUCGGCAAUAAUACAGCUGCCAUGAAUCAAGUCUAAAUUGUAAAUGUAAUAUAAAAUAGCCUCAUCCAUGAUUUCGAACGGAGGAAUUAACACAACCUUUUCUCUUAGUCAAGGAGUUUAAGGAGUUUUAAAGAAGAGAUUUAAGCAUUUUAUAGUGGAAAAAAAUGUGGGAUUCAUUGGAAAAUACAAUCAAUGUGUAUAAA